AUGGCGAGUCUUAUUGAAAAAGACGGAGAACCGCCUUCGUCUUCGCCUACAGCGGAGCAAAAAGUGCCGUCUUCGGAUAUCACUCGCGAUGCCGAAAAGCAAUUUGAUAUCAAUGAAAAGGCGCUGCUGAGGAAAUUGGACUGGAAGCUUUUGCCUCCUCUCACGCUACUCUAUUUACUAUCAUUUCUAGAUCGAAGUAACGUGGGAAAUGCUAAAUUGGAAGGGCUAACAGAGGAUGUCAAAAUGACUGGAGACCAGUAUCUCACCGGCCUUACUCUGUAUUUCAUCGGAUACGUCCUCUUUGAAAUCCCGUGCAAUAUCAUUCUCAAACGCACGACUCCUCGGUUAUGGCUACCCACGAUCACGCUAUUCUGGGGAAUCGUGGCAACGCUUCUUGGUGUUGUGCACAACUACGCGGGCUAUCUUGUGUCGCGCUUCUUCCUCGGUGUCACUGAAAGUGGCCUGUUUCCAGGCGUUGUGUUUUACUUGUCAAUGUGGUAUAAACGGAACGAACAGCAUUUUCGAAUCUCACUGUUUUUCAGUGCUGCUUCACUGGCGGGGGCUUUUGGUGGUGUGCUGGCUUGGGGAAUCGGACACAUGAAAAACGUUGGAGGGUACCAGGGUUGGAGAUGGAUUUUCAUCCUUGAAGGCUUGUUUACGGUUUUGGUUUCUGCCAUUUCAUAUUUUCUGGUUUACAACUACCCUGCCACCGCCGAGUUCUUGACAGAAAAAGAACGUGAAUUUAUCCAAUUCCGCCUGAAAUACGACAGUGAUGCUACCAUAGACGAAGGGUUCACCUGGACUGCUGUUUUGAACGCGUUCAAAGACCCUAAAGUCUGGCUGUACGGACUCGGAUUUCAUACCGUUUCUCUGCCAUUGUAUACUUUGUCACUGUUUUUACCAACAAUUAUUUCCGGACUGGGCUAUUCCAGUGCGAGCGCUCAACUUCUGAGCGUCCCGCCAUACGCCGUCGCUUUUGUUCUAGUAGUCACCGUUGCGAUAUUAUCAGAGCGAACCCAUCGCCGCGCACCAUUCAUCAUGGCCACUUCGGCCCUCGGCAUAAUCGGAUACAUCAUCUUGCUAAGCGCACCCAGCCCGGGGAGCUCGUACGUCGGCAUUAUCUUCGCAGCCGCCGGAAUCUACCCAUCGACUGCGAUUGUGCUCUCGUGGCCGGCCAAUAACGUCUCUGGUCAGACGAAGCGUGCUGUGGCCAAUGCGAUGCAGAUAUCCAUUGGUAACCUCGGAGCUGUAAUGGGGACGCAGCUGUAUCGCUCUGAAUGGAGUCCGCGGUACUUUGUCGGCCAUGGCGUUGCCCUUGCGUAUCUAGCUGCGAAUAUCGCCGUGACUGGUACUUUGUGGCUUGUUCUGAACAGGGAGAAUAAGAAAAAGGAGGAGAUUCGACGUAGUCAGGGAAUAUCUCCACUAGAAGAAGUUGGUGCAGCCGAAGGGGCGUUCUUGGGUGAUGAGGACCCGAGAUGGGUGUUUCAAACAUAG